GCUGAGGACGCUGGAGAUAUUGACGGGGGCUGGGGACGUUUGCGCUGAAGUGUUGCUGGAUGAUCGGAGAGGGUGCUUGAAAAGAUGAAGAAGGGAGAGGGCGGCGGAGCUGGGGGGAUUUUUACCAGGUUGGGCCCCACUUUUGUUAAGAUUGGGCAGGUGUCAACCAGGCCGGAUAUUUGCCCGCAGUUCUUGGAGGAGCUCGCCGAACUGCAGGAUGCACUACCUACAUUUCCAGAUGCUGAGGCAUUUGCAUGCAUUGAGAGGGAGCUGGGAUUACCUCUUGAUUCCAUUUACUCAGUGAUAUCACCAUCUCCCAUUGCAGCUGCCAGUUUAGGGCAAGUUUACAAAGCACAACUGAAAUAUUCUGGUCAGAUUGUUGCUGUGAAGGUGCAACGCCCGGGUAUCGAAGAAGCUAUUGGCCUGGAUUUUUAUCUUAUUAGGGGUUUGGGUUUCCUAAUAAAUAAAUAUGUGGACUUUAUUUCCAGCGAUGUUGUUGCUCUAAUUGACGAGUUUGCACGCAGGGUCUAUCAAGAGCUAAAUUAUGUGCAGGAAGGUCAAAAUGCUCGGAGAUUUAAGAAGUUAUAUGCUGAUAAGGCAGAUGUUCUAGUACCAGAUAUAUUUUGGGAUUACACAAGUGUUAAAGUAUUGACCAUGGACUGGGUUGAUGGUGUCAAAUUAAGUGAGCAAGAAGCUAUUGAGAAGCAAGGCCUGAAGUUGCUAGAUUUAGUUAACACUGGUAUUCAAUGUAGCUUGAGGCAGUUGCUUGAAUAUGGAUACUUUCAUGCCGAUCCUCAUCCAGGGAACCUCCUUGCUACACCUGAUGGUAAACUUGCUUUUCUUGAUUUUGGGAUGAUGAGUGAAACCCCAGAAGAUGCAAGAUCUGCUAUUAUUGGUCAUGUUGUUCAUUUGGUUAAUCGGGACUAUGAAGCUAUGGCUCAAGAUUACUAUGCCUUGAACUUUUUGUCACCUGAUGUAGAUGUUUCUCCGAUUGUGCCUGCACUUAGAAGCUUCUUUGAUGAUGCACUUAAUGCAACUGUCAGUGAACUCAACUUCAAGACCCUUGUGGAUGGCCUAGGAAAUGUUUUAUAUCAGUAUCCAUUUAAUGUUCCAGCAUACUAUGCACUGAUAUUGAGAUCUCUCACGGUGCUGGAAGGUCUAGCACUAUAUGCCGAUCCCAAUUUUAAGGUCCUUGCUGCUUCAUAUCCAUAUUUUGCAAAAAGGCUUCUCACUGACCCGAAUCCAUACCUUAGAGAUGCUCUUAUAGAGCUUUUGUUCAAAGAUGGCAGAUUCAGGUGGAAUAGGCUUGAAAAUCUUCUGGUUCAGGGGCGAAAAGAUAGAGAUUUUACAGCUAAAGAGGCUUUACAGCCGGUAUUGAAGCUAUUACUGGGUCCUGGUGGAGAAGAACUGAGAGCCCUAGUUGGGAAAGAGGCUGUGUGUGUCACUGAAGCAGUUGUUUUUGGCACAAUGAUAGAUACGUACAAUUCCAUUCCUGAGCCUGUGAAAAGUAUUAUAUCUAAUGGAACCACACAGCCCUUUAGGAUGGAUGAUGGUGAUCGGGAACGAAUGCUUGAACUCCGUGAUAGGGUGUUUAGAAUAUGGGGCCUUUUGAGAUCCUCGCAAAAUUUUGAUCCAAGCCUUCUGUUGCCUAUUCUACGGGUUCUUCAAGAACCAGAAGCUCGCAACCUUAGCGGACAAGUUGUUGGGGGAAUCUCACAACGUCUUGCUGCAAGAUUACUGCAACAAGUACUCCGGAUUCCUACCACCGCUACACCUUCAUGAAAAAUAUUAUAUCCCAACCAUUGUUACAUAUGUAUACCGACACAGAUUUACGCAAUCAAAUGCUAAUUCUUCUUCUGUAAAUUAACAUAUAAUUUAUUCACAGGAAAAUUAAUUGUGAAAUCUCAAGCCAUCUGCAUAAGCGUAAAUAAGUUUGAAACA